AUGAACAGCUCCAUUGUGCAACAUCCCCCAAGUUGUCUGGGCACUGUGGGAGGACAUCCGAGUGGGCCAAAGGGUGACGGGCUGCCUCUGCUUGCUGUCAUUGUAACCCUUUUCGUCUUAUUGGCUAUCUGCAUCAUCAUGAUUGUCCAGUUUGGUCCUGAGUUUCGAAAGGUCCAGGUUACUCUCCCUCAGGAGCCCCCACCCCUGAAGCAAGAAGGUGGCAUCCAUCUCAUCUACUGGCAAGCACUGGGCUCCCAACUUGGAAUUGGGCCCCAAGAGAGCUCCAGGGAAUCCCAGCCUUGGCCUGCUGCUGCCAGCCUCUGUACCCAUUCCAGCAACAUGGAGCUUACAUAUCUAUGA